AUGAAGAAGUUGAGGAAGCUAGAAGGUGUUAAAGAUGAUAAUACAAUACCGGAAGGAUCUAAAGAAGCAAAUAGAAUGAAAACUCAUCAUAUUUCAUUUGAAGAAUAUAAGAAAUGGAUAGAAAACCUUGAAAGUGCAGGACUUAUCAAU